CUAUAAAAGCUAUGCUCCUGCUGCACAGAAUUAAUCAUAAAAUGUUUUCGCGUUCAAAUGGUAAAGUCAAGCGAGUUGUGCCAGUUGGUGCACGGAGGGAGAGCCGGAGCGCUUUAAAGUUAAACAAUUUAAAAUCAAGCAAUGAAACCGGUUGGACGGUCCUGCUCAACUCCUACAUAACCAGAUCACACAUACACGGAUUGUAUUUGCUCCUUUUGCCGAGGAUGCGGAAACGUAUGCGGAUUCUGUGGUCCAUAGCUAUGAUCUGCGCCUGCAGUGUACUACUCUACGUUAGCUAUUUGCUCGCGGAGCGUUACCAAAACAAGCAGUUUAUGACAAUUGUAGCCCAUUCGCAUGCCUCCAUUCUUCAUAUCUCCUUUCCAGUUGUUAUCAUCUGCAACAAGAACCGACUUAACUGGUCUCGACUGCCUGAAAUCAGAAAGAGAUAUAACAUUACAAAGCCCCAGGAAAGACUUUUUGAUCGAAUUCUUACCGCCUACGACGGUUUAAGUUUUGAUAAAUUCAACGUAUUCGAUUCCUUGCAUGGAGAACCCCUGGACGAUCUCAACCACUUGAACUUCACACAAAUUGUUACUGAGAUGUCCUGGAGAUGUGACGAAAUCCUCGCUGACUGUGUCUGGCAGACAGCGCCUCGAAACUGCUGUAAGCUUUUUCGUCCCCGACGCCUACCCCUUGGGUAUUGUCUGGCAUUCAACGAGCUAGAGCAGCGAAGGGGUACAGAAACUGGCAUUAACACGGGGCUGCUUCUGAGGCUGUUACUUCAAGAAGCUCAUCAUGCACCGGAUAAUCCUGGAUCAAAGGGCUUUUUGUUGACAGUGGUGGAGGCCUCGGUGUGGUUCGGGUUCCCAAUCGAUCUGGUGCCUCACACCCGCACCAAUGUUGCCGUUACAGCGGUAUAUCACUACUAUGACGAAAGCACAUUAAGACUGCCGUCCCGGUGGCGGCGUUGUGUAAUGGACUAUGAGCAGGACAGCGAGCACUUUCAGACUCUGGAAGGCCAGAAGUACAUGCUGGAGAACUGUCAGGCUCAGUGCCAGCAGCGGUACCUACUACAAUACUGCAACUGCUCCCUGGACCUGUUUUAUCCACCAUCUGAAUUUGCCGCCUGUCAACUGAAAGACCUACCGUGCCUGGCGUCCCACAGCCGUCUGCUACAAAACUUCGAGCAGCCUGGAGAGCAUUCUUAUGUGCACAGGGAAGAGUCCGGCCUGCUUUGCGAAUGCCUGUAUAACUGCAAGUCCCUGACCCUGAUUACUGAUUUGCGCAAGGACGUCCAGCAGCCCUGGCUGAAACCCAACUCAAACAUUAGCGAAAGCAUGUGGCUUAACGUGUUCUUCAAGAAACCCUCCAUGCUAAUCUACAAAACAAACUUAAUUUACACCUGGGUGGACCUGAUUGUUUCUUUUGGAGGAAUUUUUCAGCUUUGCUUGGGAUGCUCUAUUAUUAGUCUCAUCGAGUUUAUGUUCUUUGUACUUUUCAGGGUACCAGAACUAUAUUGGAAGCGUUUUAUGAACAUGAAUUAAAAACAUGUUAAAAAAAAUAA